UGGUCCCGGAGCACAGCGGUCGGCGGCCGACGGCGGGAGACCGCGGGCGAGGGGAGCGCGACACUCGCUGGUUGGGGAGAUCGGCGCUCAGCCGAUGGAACUUUCUCCUUAUCCCUGGUGCCCGGGAUCAUCCUGUCUCUGAAGGUCAUCCUCCAAUUCCCCCAUUCAGCCAACAUCGAUCGUCUCGUCUAUGCCCCGCCGUGCUAUACUCUGAGGGCACCAUUCCUGCCCUCAGGAGCCUUCUGACCAGGCAGGGCCGGCGAGCGUGAGCCUGGGAGAUGGCAGUGAUGGAAAUGGCCUGCCCAGGCGCCCCUGGUUCGGCGGCCGGGCAGAAGGAGCUCGCCAAGGCCAAGGAGAAGACACAGGCGAUGGGCAAGAAACAAAACCCCGCCAACAAGCUCGAGGCUGUAGAGAAGAGCCCUGUGUUCUGCGGGAAGUGGGACAUCCUGAACGACGUGAUCACCAAAGGCACAGCCAAAGAAGGCUCCGAGGGAGGACUGGCAGCGAUCUCCAUCAUCGCGCAGGCCGAAUGUGAGAACAGCCAAGAGUUCAGCCCUACCUUUUCAGAGCGGAUUUUCAUCGCCGGGUCCAAACAGUACAGCCAGUCCGAGAGUCUCGAUCAGAUCCCCAACAAUGUGGCCCACGCAACCGAGGGCAAAAUGGCCCGUGUGUGUUGGAAGGGGAAGCGUCGCAGCAAAGCCCAGAAGAAACGCAAGAAGAAGAGCUCCAAGUCCCUGGCUCAGGCGGGAGCGGCCUUGGCCAAACCCCUCCCCAGAACCCCGGAGCAGGAGAGCUGCACUGUCCCUGUGCAGGAGGAUGAGUCCCCACUGGGCCCCCCAUAUGUGAGGAACACCCUCCAGUUCACCAAGCCUCUGAAGGAGCCGGGCCUCGGCCAACUCUGUUUCAAGAAGCUUGAGGAGGGCCUGCGGCCCGCACUGCCUCGAUCAGAACUCCACAAACUGAUCAGCCCCUUGCAAUGUCUAAAUCACGUGUGGAAACUCCACCACCCCCAGGAUCUAGGCCCCCUGCCCCAGCCUGCUCACCCCUUCCCCUACAGCAGACUGCCCCAUCCCUUCCCGUUCCACCCUCUCCAGCCCUGGAAACCUCACCCCUUAGAGUCCUUCUUCCUAGACAAACUGGCCUGUAUAGACAGCCAGCAGCCCCUGUCCGGCCCCCACCUGGGCAAACUGGCCUGUGUGGACGGUCAGAAGCCUGUGCCCGGCCCACACCUGGAGCCCGGCUGCCCGUCCCGGGGCCCGUAUGACAAGUUUUCUGUGGAGGAAUACAUGGUACACGCCCUGCAAGGCAGUGUGAGCUCAGGCCAGGCCCACAGCCUGGCCAGCCUGGCCAAGACCUGGUCGGCAGGAGGUUUCAAGCCCCAGAAGCCCAGCCCUGAAACGAUGGACAGCGAGGGGGUCCUGCUUACAGAGAAACUCAAGCCAGUGGAUUAUGAGUACCGAGAGGAGGUCCACUGGGCCACGCGCCAGCCCUGCCUGGGCAGAGGCUCCUUCGGAGAGGUGCACAGGAUGCAGGACAAGCAGACUGGCUUCCAGUGUGCGGUCAAAAAGGUGCGCAUCGAAGUGUUUCGGGCAGAGGAGUUGAUGGCAUGUGCAGGAUUGACCUCACCCAGAAUCGUCCCUCUGUAUGGAGCUGUGAAGGAAGGUCCUUGGGUCAACAUCUUCAUGGAACUCUUAGAAGGUGGCUCGCUGGGUCAGCUCAUAAAGCAGAAGGGCUGUCUGCCGGAGGACCGGGCCCUUUACUACCUAGGCCAGGCUCUGGAAGGGCUGGAGUACCUUCAUACCCGAAGGAUUCUGCACGGAGAUAUCAAAGCUGACAAUGUGCUCCUGUCCAGCGAUGGGAGCCGUGCAGCCCUCUGUGACUUCGGCCAUGCUGUGUGCCUUCAACCCGAUGGCCUGGGGAAGUCCUUGCUCACGGGGGACUACAUCCCUGGCACAGAGACCCACCUGGCUCCAGAGGUGGUGAUGGGCAAGCCCUGUGAUGCCAAGGUGGACGUGUGGAGCAGCUGCUGUAUGAUGCUUCACAUGCUCAACGGCUGCCACCCUUGGACCCAGUACUUCAGAGGGCCACUGUGCCUCAAGAUUGCCAGCGAGCCACCGCCUGUGAGGGAGAUCCCACCGUCCUGUGCCCCUCUCACGGCCCAGGCCAUCCAGGAGGGGCUAAGGAAAGAGCCUGGGCACCGCGCGUCUGCAGUGGAGCUGUGGAGGAAGGUCAGCCUGGCCCUGCAGCAUGUGGGAGGUCUGAGGAGCCCUUGGAGGGGAGAGUAUAAAGAGCCAAGACAUCCGCCGCCACACCAAGCCCAUCCGCCGCCCAGCCAAGGCCACUCUCCCCGGACGCCACAGGCCCAGCCGAGGGAGCUCUCACCUGGGGCUCCGGGGCCCCAGCCAACCGAGGACACGACAGGCGGGGCCCCUAAGCUCCAGCCUCCUCUACCCCCAGAACCCCCAGAGCGGAACAAGUCUCCAAGCCUCAACUGGGGCAAGGAGGAGUCUGGAACAUGGGAACCAUUACCUCUGUCCUCCCUGGACCCGGCCCCUGCCAAAAACCCCAGCUCGGCGGAGCGGAAGGCGACCUUCCCAGAGCAGGAGCUGCAACAACUGGAAAUAGAACUGUUUCUGAACAGCCUGUCCCAGCCGUUUUCACUGGAGGAGCAGGAGCAGAUUCUCUCGUGCCUCAGCGUCGACAGCCUCUCUCUGUCAGACGACAGCGAGAAGAACCCGUCAAAGGCCUCUCAGAGCUCGCGGGACACCCUGAGUUCCGGUGUGCACUCAUGGAGCAGCCAGGCAGAGGCUCGCAGCUCCAGCUGGAACAUGGUGCUGGCACGGGGGCGGCCCACCGACACUCCAAGCUACUUCAAUGGUGUGAAAAUCCAAAUACAGUCUCUCAACGGCGAACACCUGCACAUCCGGGAGUUUCACCGGGUCAAGGUGGGGGACAUCGCAACAGGCAUCAGCAGCCAGAUCCCAGCCGCAGCCUUCAGCUUGGUGACCAAGGACGGGCGGCCCGUGCGCUAUGACAUGGAGGUGCCAGACUCGGGCAUCGACCUGCAGUGCACCCUGGCCCCUGAUGGCAGCUUUUCCUGGAGCUGGAGGGUCAAGCAUGGCCACCUGGAGAACAGGCCCUAACCCAGCCUUCCACCACUGGCUCUGCUCCACCGGAAGCGGCCUGCCUUCUUGGUGUCAGUGCCGCCCCCGACACACGGGCUCAGCCUGCUCCCAGGGACCCGCCACCCUGUGGCUUCACUGGUGGGACUAGGGGUGAGCAGAAUGCCUCCCAGGAUCUGCUGUGUCCUGCCUGACCCUGCCAAGAGAACGCCCGGUGCCCAUGUGAGGAGGAGGAGGGAGGCAGGAGGCCGCUCCCCAUGGGGAGCCAAAAGGGUCUUCUCUGCUCUGGUCCAAACAAGCUGGCCUGACCUGCUUAGAUCAGUGACCACUUGCUGGCAAUCAGGAUAGAGCAGCUUCCGGCCUGGGUCAGGGAGGGGUGGGCGAGCCCCUCAGCCUCCAAGCAGGUGUGAGGGUGUGGAGUGUCCCAGGACCCACACCCAGGUCCAAUGCAGGAGCGGGACGGCAGGCGUACCCACCCCCGGAUUAGCGGGGAGCCCUCUGACCCCCUUGCCUGGCCAUCGAACCCCCCUUUAGACCUAGCAGCUUUUCUGCCAGAGUCAGGGAGGGAGGAAGGCCGGACGCUGGAAGUCUCCCAGGGAGAACAUGCUCGUCAUGUUGUUGCAGGACAGGUCCUGAGCCGAACUCCGCUUCAGCCAAGGACCAGAGGUGUCUUAAGUGAAAUGGUUCUCAGUCCCCAAGCACAUGUCCCUUUGCCGCCGGCCACCAGUCUUCCCCAGAGCAGCAGGCUCUGAGCCCCAGCACUGCUCCCGACUGGCUGGCACUGAGCCCCCUCAUCUGUCAAAGUGAAGGGUGACGGGAGCCCUACCUGGCAGGAGCCGUCUGGAGCUGGGGUGUGGCAGAUGUGUGAGAAAGCAGCAGCCGCAGGCACCCCCCCCCAUCCACCCCACCCCCACCCCCCGUUCCUCCCGGCCACGGCUUGGAACAUCAUGCACACCAGCUUCCUGAGACACAGCCCCAGCAUCACACUCACACCAGCCCCGCCCUGCCCCUCGUCCAGGGACAACUGCCAACUGCACUUUGCACUCUGAUGACCUCAAAGCACUUUCACGGCUGCCCUCCAGGAGGGCAGGUCAGUGGUUCUGCACGCGCAAAAGCAGGCCAGGAGAUGGGGUGAAGGGAUUCAAGUCUUGACCUGUCUUUACGCGCACGACCCCUCAAACCUCCGUUUUUCUUUAAGAUGAGCCCCACCCCCCACCCCAUUGCCCCGGCCCUGUCUUGUCUUCAGUGGGGGUGCUGAUCAGGACUCAUGUAGCAUUAAUCAACUGUGAAUCAUUGUGUGGGGGCCUGCCAGCCUCUGCUUCUGGGGGUGAGGGGUGGCCCCUGAGAUCCCUCCUUGGGAGAAGCUCGUCCCCGUGUCUUGCCAAGGCGGCGUCUGCCCAGCUAUCCACAUCGAGCAAUUCUCCUCCCCAUGGAGGGACCCCCAGCCCCCAGGACGUGAAGAUCUCCAGCCUUGGUACUGCAGAGUUCAGGUUGUAGAGAACUCUUUGUAAGCAAUAAAGUUUGGGGUG